AUGAAGAACCUGGAUGUUUCUCAUGCUGGGAUCUACUACUGUGCUGUUGCCUCAUGUGGAUCCAUGCUUUUUGGAAACGGGACCAAGCUGGACUUUGAGGCUCAGCCAGCUGAACUGCACUCAUCUCUUCACCAAGAGGCUGAUUUUGUUUCUGCUGAUGUUGGUGACGAAGUAACUCUGCACUGUUCUUACGAAGGUGAAGCUGCAAGACUUUACUGGUACAAACAAACUCUGGGACAAAAACCAAGGCUCAUCUCUACCUACUACAGAUAUGAGGGAAAUGGCAUAUUUUAUAAUGAAUUCAAAAGUAAUCCACGCUUUACGUUACUUACUGGCAUCAGUAAAAAUCAUUUAAAAAUAACAGACCUGCGUGUCUCAGAUUCAGCUACUUACUACUGCGCAACAAGCUUUACUUUUAUUUUAGAGUUUACCAAAGAAACAUAUCUCAAUGUAAAAGGUUCCAGUUUGGACAUCCAGACUUUUGUCCUACAAUCGGUAUCUGAGACCAUCCAGCCAGGAGGCUCUGUGACUCUGAACUGUACAGUCCACACUGGGACCUGUGAGGAAGACCACAAGGUUUACUGGUUCAAAGACUCCGAAGAAUCUCAUCCAGGGCUCAUAUACACCCAUGGAGGCAGGAAUGAUGAGUGCAAGAAGAAAUCACAGGCACAAGCACACACCUGUGUGUACAGCCUGCCAAUGAAGAACUUGAAUGUCUCUCAUGUUGGGUCCUACUACUGCGCUGUUGCUUUAUGUGGACGCUUACUGUUUGGUAAUGGGACCAAGCUGAAUGUUGAGGAUGAAGGGGACACUCUUCUCUUGUUGUAUUUCUGGAGGGGGGUUUCAGCUUUCACCAGCAUCCUGAGUGUUUUACUGGCUUCCAUAAUGUGCAUGACGAGAAAGAAAAACAGCAGCACAUACACAGAUUCUCCAGCAAAAAACUCCCUCUUUUUCAAAGCAAAUGAUGACCAAGAAGGAGGCUACCUCUAUUUCAAACCUUUGAGGGACAUGAAGAUGAACAGAUCAGAAAUGCAGAUGGACAACACCUGGAAGAUGAUUUAUUGCUCUGACAAUAAGAACAACAUCUCCCAGAGAACUGACAGAGGACGAACUACCUGCGAGUACAACUUUGUCGUCAGGAGCCGGGAUGACGCUGGGGUCUACUACUGUGCCGUCAAUGCAUGUGGACAAAUACUGCUUGGAAAUGGGACCAAGAUUGACGACAUCAAUGAUCACGAGAGUUUUUCUGUCCGUGAGAGAACCCUGUCAUGCAUCAUCAUCAUGAUCAUCAUCAUGGGUGUUUAUCUGGCUUUCGCUGUGUUCAUGAUCAGUAAGAGAAACUGCUACCACUGUACAGUAACCGAUGCUGUUGACCUCUAUACUGUGUGUUCCACUGAGCAUAACAUCAAUCACUUUGCCUGCUUUUCAGAGUUUAACUCAGGACUUUCUCCUCUGUCCAAGGUUCGAGGUGAAGAAAACCUUGAAAUCAGGAGAUCAAAUGAGCAGAGAGAUGGUAUCUGGAGUGAAUGUGUGUACUCCAGGGUGAAGCUACACUGA